UCUAUUUCAGAGGCGGUCCCUUCAUAUGAUGACGAUGCUGAGGGGCUGGAUAAUGCGCACGAUAUUGGUGGGAAUCGCACAGAGCUAUCCGUGGCCUUUGACAUGAAUGCCGAGUGUGAGCCCAUGCCGGAUAUAGAAGCCGGUCCUCCCAUUAUCUUAGAUAUACAAUCGAAUGAUUUGCAGGAGCUCACCGCCGAAGAGCAGACGGUCAUCACCAAUUGCCGCCGUUUAAAGAAAACCGCCGAAUUCAUUGACGAUCUGAGGCCAGUGGAUGGUGUCACUAGGCUGGACUAUUCAUACAGACCCAUGGAUCAGAUCUCACAGCUUUGUGCGGCUCCUGCGCAUUGGAAAUUCAGGAUCACUCGUCCGCGCACCACUCUGGACCAGACGACUGGCCCAAAGGAUGCUCUGACUGUUGGCAACCCAAAGAAAACCAAAACCGCUGCCGCUGCCGCUGCCGCCAAGCCACGCAUGAAGGAGUUGCACUAUGGAAAAGGCAAAGAGGAGCUCUUCCAGCCUCUUGAUGCCAACAUAAAGCAGCAAAAGGUCAACUAUCAAAAGAAAUGCGAUGCCCGAAAGCUGAUGCCCACGAAAUCCAACAAUGAAGCGGAUUACCAAGUUAGCCAGCGAUUUGGUAAAGCCGAUCUGGUUGAGAGUCUGGGCAAUGAUGUGGAUAUGGAUAGGGGCUUACACCACGGUGAUGCCGAUAGAGAGCUCUUUGACAAUGAAAAUUUCACCACAGAUGAUUCUGUCAUGAACCGAAUGUCGGCAGCGGACAUUGAAGAUCCCAUGGACAUGAUGAAUAAGGAUUCAUGUGGGGAUAUGCCCAAUCAAAGCCAAAGCAUGCAUGAGGGUGAGGAUACAAUCAUGGAGAUAUCCACCGAAUUUAAGGGUGCACCAAGGCAGGUCAGCAAAGUGAUUGGGCCAUUUGCUAAGCGUGCCAAGGUGAUCGACAUGAAGAAUCUCAAGAACAGCUGCCAUUAUUUGAUCCAGAAACAAUUCCUCAGUUCUGUCAAUGAGGCAUCGAUACCCUCCCUCCCACUGUCAAAGGAAGAAAGCUACGCCAAGGGUACCGCCAGCUUCCAGGAGGUUUACCGAUCGUUGCCUGAUGUGUUGAGUGACGAAACGAAAGAUUCUCUGUGCCCAUCGGUGGCCCUCAAUGCGGUUCUCCAUUUGGCCAACGAUAUGAAACUGCGACUCAUUCCACAAGAGAAUCUAGAGGAUUUUCAAAUCCGGCAAGUUCUGGAUGACGAAGUUUAAUGACGAGCUUUUAAAAAAACUGAAUUCUGAUACAAUGCUAGAAGUAAUCAAUCUUCACACAAUUUUAAAUACAUUUUCAUGCAACAACACAUACAAAAAACUAAACGAAACGAAUCAGGGCUCUUCUCCAAUGUGUUCUCGGAUGAAUUUUUAAUUCUAUCUCUCAAGUCCUAAGAUUUGCAACAUAUAAACAAUAAAUUAAUAUUUUUGAGAGCA